AUGUUCGAGCGCACCCUGCAGGACCUCAUUAGAGGCUUGCGUGCCCACAAGGCAAGCUCGCGCGCUCAGGAAGAGGCAUUUCUCAACGAGGCCAUGGGUGAAAUCCGGGAAGAGCUCAAGGGCAAGGACAUGGCUCUGAAGGCAGAGGCUAUUCUCAAGAUGUGCUAUGUAAGCUGGAGGGGGGAUUCGGAAGCUGACAUUCAGCUUAUGAUGCUGUACCCGAUUGCUCCGCCCACUGGCUUUGCGUUCCACGUUGUCGAAACCAUGAGCUCGCCGCGAUACCACUUGAAGCGUAGGUGGCUACCGAAGAUGCAAGCUGACGAGACAGAGCUGGGGUACACUGCCGCACCCAUGGCCUUCACUGGUGAUAGUGAGGAAGUCGUCCUGACUAUCAACAGUAUCAAGAAGGACCUGCUCUCACCUCACCUCGCCAUCCCACCACUCCCGCUGUCCGCUCUUCCGCACAUGCUUUCGCUGUCUCCGUCACUGGCGCAGACUCUGCAGCCCGAGCUGCUGAUCCUUCUGACGCACUCGUCACCGAGAAUCAGGAAGCGCGCGGUGCUCUGUCUGCUCCCGUGCUGGGAGUCGUACCCGGAAGGCUUACGCGAGGGCUUCCCUCGGCUACGAGAACGACUACUCGACGAGGACCAGAGCGUUAUCGGCGCGACGGUCGGUGUCGUGAUGGAACUCGCGCGAAAGCAGGGCGGCAAGAACUACCUUCCUCUUGCACCUGAGCUGUUCUCAAUCUUGACAAACAGCAGCAACAACUGGAUGCUAAUCAAGGUCGUCAAGCUGCCCGGGUAUGCGUGGACAAGCUCGGCAGCUAUCUCCGCGACGAAGGAGGUGACCAGAACCGUGAGCUUCGGAAGUGAUGGGGAGAAGCUAACCUCAGUGCGAUACAUUGCGCUCUUGGCCAUGGUGAAGAUCACCCCGACACAUCCUCACAUGGUCGCCGAGUAUCAGGAUGAGAUUCUAGAGAGCCUGGAUGACGCCGACCUGUCUAUCAGGAUGCGAGCGCUUGAGCUGGUGGACCGCGAUAAUCUCCAACACAUCGCCGAUCAACUGCUGGCUCACUUGGCUCCGGAGGAGUCGGCCAGCUCGCCUCUUCCGUCCGCCGCAGCUCAGCUCGCGGCCAUUGCUGGUCGAUCAACAGAUGCCGCUGCGACUGCCAAGGACGUCUCGCUGUCGCCCGCUUAUCGCCUACUCCUGACACAGCGGUUACUUGACAUCAUCUCGCACGACGUCUACAGCAACGUGACCGACUUUGAGUGGGUCGUCUCCGUGCUGGUCGACGUUGCGUAUGUCAGCCACGUCAACGUUGGAGAGCGCAUUCGAGAAACACUCCUGGAUGUUGUGGGCCGAGUGAAGAGCGUCCGCGCUUACGCUGUCUCUGUUCUUGAGAAGGUCGUCGCUGAUGACGACUUCCGGGAACGAGCCCAGGAGAAUACUGGAGAGGAUGGACUACUGGAGGCAGCUGUUUGGAUUUGUGGAGAGUACUCCAGCAACCUCACUUCUCCGCUCAGCACGAUUCACAACCUCUUGCCUCCUUCCCUCGUCCACUCUUCACCUCAGCUCAUCGCCUUGUCCAUCCACGCCGCUGCCAAGGUAUUCGGUCACUACGCUGCCCACGUGUCAAACUCGUGGAACGCUGAGGCUCACCAGGAGCUCAAGAACUUGGUCGCCAGUAUCACGGCUGGACUUGAGCCGUUCGUUACCUCGCCGCACAUCGAGGUCCAAGAGCGCGCCGUGGAGAUCACGCAGCUUCUGGGCUUCGUCAACGCGGACCUCCAAAGCCAUGUGCCGCCAAAGCAUGUCGUCGAGUCGAUUCCAGGGAUGGAGGGAGGCUUCGAGGCGGAAGCCAAGUCAGGCGCCGACCCGUCAUACCCGAAGUCGCUGUACUUGCUGGAACCGCUGUUCUCGGCACAUGAGCUGAACUCGGUCGGCUACCGUGCACAGGAAGCGGUUAGAAUACCCGACGGCCUGAAUCUCGACCUCACCAUCGUGCCCAACUCUGGUUUCUCUGACGAGAAGGAGGAUGAACUCGACACUGAUUCCGAGCCGGAAGAGGCGAUCGAUCUCGGUCACGGUGGCGGCGCCGGCAUGGACGAGCUCCGAAGAGUUCUCCGCGAGCAAGAUCGCAGUCGGAAGGGCAAGAAGAAGGGCAAGAAGGAGGAUGAGACUCAGGAGGAGCGCGCGGAGCGUCUUAGACUGGACGACGAGGAUCUCGAGGCUUCCGUGCCGCAAGAAAAGCCGAAGAAGAAGAAGAAAAAGGCAGCCGCGCCGCCAGUCUUCGAUCGCGGCGGCGAGAUGCCCGAGGGCGCCGCCCCGCUCCCCGACGUGGAGAAGGUGCGCACGGGUCUGGCGGCCGUCGAUCUGUCCGACGUUGCUUCGGGCUCGCACACGCCUGUGUCGCGAUACGAGGAGUAUACGUUCGAUGACGAGGGACCAGGCACACCCGCAACGCCAGCGACCCCGGCUGACGUCCCGGCUGAGGAGACCCAGGCUGUCAAGGUCACCAAGGUCCGGAAGAAGAAGAAGGACGGCGUCAAGAAGAAGAAGAAGGUCGAGGUCGUGUAG